AAUAUAAACUUCAAGGGUUUAGCUUGUUUUCAAAUUUACCGGUGAAUCUGCAAUCAAAGUUAGUUGAUUUCUAUCUACUCAUCGGACUAAUCUGCAGGGCAUCUUGAGAGAAUUGUGUUGACAUUGAACCAAAGAACUCCUCUGUUUGAUCAGACUGGGCGAUGGUUAUGGAGGAUGUGCUUCUGCAUGGAACGCUUAACUUGACGAUAUUCGAAGUUGAUGGAAUUUCUGGAGGAAAAUCUGCUGUUUUCUUUCAUAAGCUAGCAAAGGAAAUUGGAAAAUGUAUCGGGUGCGGAAGACCCACGUUCAAACUUUAUACUACGGUCGAUAUAGGCAAAACUCGAGUUUCGCAAACCCGACUAACGGAAAGUGGUCACUGCAACCCAAUAUGGAACGAGUCCUUCCACAUAUACUGCGCCCACUCGGCUUCUCAAAUUACCUUCUCCAUCAAGCAAGCUGAUCCUAUCGGAGCAACUGUGAUCGGAACUGCUUCGCUUCCCAUUAGGGAGAUCGUGAAGGGACAAGAAGUCGAGAGGUGGCUGGAGAUAUCAAGGGGAGAACACACAUCCCUCCACCAUGGUUCGAAGAUCCAUGUCAAGCUGAAAUUUGAUAGCGCCGCUGGAGACCCGCACUGGUCUAAAGGGAUUCGGAGUCCUGACUUUCCGGGAGUGCCUCACACAUUCUUCGAACAAAGGAAAGGUUGUAAAGUCACUCUUUAUCAAGAUGCUCAUGUCGAAGACGGCUUUAGCCCGAAGAUCCAUCUGGCCGGCGGCAAGCACUAUGAGCCUCAUCGCUGUUGGGAGGAUAUUUUUGAUGCGAUAUCAAAUGCCAAGCAAUUGGUUUAUAUAGCUGGAUGGUCGGUGUACACGAAGAUCACAUUGAUCAGGGAUCUAAAGAGGCGAAAACCAGGAGGAGACAUGACCCUCGGAGACCUCCUGAAGAUGAAAGCUGACGAGGGCGUCACUGUCCUAAUGCUCGUUUGGGAUGACAAAACCUCGGUUCGAGAUCUUAAGAAAGAUGGAGUGAUGGCUACUCAUGAUGAAGACACUAGGAGUUUCUUCCAUGGGACUAGAGUUCAUUGUGUCCUAUGCCCUCGGAAUCCAGAUAAUGGCCGGGGCCUUGUUCAAGGUACGGAGAUUGCUGCUAUGUUCGCGCAUCACCAGAAGAUGGUGGUGGUUGAUAGCGAGGCGUUGGGUGGAGAAUCCGGGAAGAGAAGGGUUGUUAGCUUCAUCGGCGGAAUCGAUCUCUGCGACGGGAGAUACGAUACUCCUUCCCAUCCCCUGUUCAGGACAUUGGACUCGGUUCAUCACAGCGAUUUCCACCAGCCGAAUUUCAAAGGCGCGUCCAUCAAGAAAGGCGGACCAAGAGAGCCUUGGCACGAUGUGCAUUGUCGGCUCGAAGGCCCAGUAGCCAGAGAUGUGUUGAUCAACUUCGAGCAAAGAUGGAGAAAGCAAGGACAAGGCGACAACUUGCUUGUCAAAGUGAAUGCCGAUGUAUUCAUGUCACCAUCUGAAGAAGUUUUGCUCGAUGAUAGCGAAUCGUGGAACGUUCAAUUGUUUCGCUCCAUCGACGGCGGGGCGGCUAUUGGAUUGCCAGACAUCCCAGGCGAUGCGGCGAACCACGGCAUCGUUAGGGGCAAAGAAUACCCCAUUGAGAGAAGCAUCCAAGAUGCUUAUAUCAACGCAAUUCGACGGGCGAAGAAUUUCAUUUACAUCGAGAACCAAUACUUCCUGGGAAGCUCAUUCUCGUGGGAGUCUAGCGACACCAAGGUCGAGGAGGCCGGCGCUCUUCCUCUUCAUCUUAUCCCCAAAGAGUUGUCGCUAAAGAUUGUUAGCAAGAUUGAAGCAGGGGAGAGAUUCGCAGUGUAUAUCGUCCUCCCGAUGUGGCCGGAGGGAGUUCCAGAGAGUCAGUCAGUUCAAGCUAUAUUGCACUGGCAGAACCGGACGAUGGAGAUGAUGUACAAGGAUGUAGCACGGGCCAUCCGCGACAAGGGGCUCAACGCAGACCCGACGGACUACUUGACAUUCUUCUGCUUGGGCAAUAGAGAGACUGAAAAACACGGGGAAUACAUACCUGCUGAGCAGCUAGAACACGAUUCAGAUUACCAGAGGGCACAGCAUGCGAGGCGAUUCAUGAUAUACGUGCACGCCAAGACGAUGAUCGUCGACGACGAAUACAUAAUCGUUGGAUCAGCCAACAUCAAUGAGAGGUCAAUGGACGGUGCCAGGGACACCGAGAUUGCGAUGGGAGCGUACCAGCUGCAUCAUCUAGCCAACGAACGACACCGAGCCAGAGGCCAGGUCUACGGCUUCCGGAUGUCCUUGUGGCACGAGCACCUGCGCGAGCAUCACCACUCCUUCGAUCACCCCGAGAGUUCGGAGUGCGUCCAGAUGGUGAACCAGAUCGCUGAUCGCAAUUGGAGGCUAUACUGCUCGAAGAAACUUGAUCGAGACUUGCCGGGUCAAUUGCUCAAGUACCCAAUUACAAUCACUGAGGAUGGAAAGGUUGCAGAGCUACCUGGUAUGGAGUUUUUUCCAGAUACAAAGGCUAAAGUUCUUGGGUCCAAAUCACAUGUCCUACCAUCACUACUCACUACAUAGAAAUAAAAUUCAGUGCAUAAUAAUUGUUCACUAGUCACAGAAUUACUCAAUUUUUAGUUGUUCUUAAAAAAGAUUGAUUUAUUACUUUCCGUAUAUAUGUCAAUGUAUUUACAUUAAAAUAUGCUUUUUCAAUUAGUACGAGGUUAAUGCUGUUG